AUGGGUUCUCCAGGCAGCGAUUCUGGCGGGGAUCCUCCCACCCCCGAUCACUCCUCCGUCACCGGGGGUGACGGAGUCCGUCACGUUUCCGUCUCCGUGGCGUCGGACGGACUCCAUCGCCGGUCAGCUGACGUAAAGCGCGACGAAACCAGGGAGAUUAGGCAGGUCGGGCCAGGCGCGACACCGGAGAGAGACGGUGAUUCAGAGCUCCUAGACAGGACGCGGAGCGAGCGGGAGAGGGAAAGGCAGUGGCGAUUGGACCACAGUCAAUUUGCCGCUGCUAGGCGGGAUUUAAGCGACGAUGGACGUGGCUCCGGCAGAAUGAGCAUACUUCGAGUGAGCAACGCGGACAGCGCGGUCAGCGCGUACUAUCAGCGGCAGAACGAGAUGAUUGACGGCUUCAGUGAAAUGGACGCCCUGAGCGAGCGCCUGCUGCACCCCACCGCUGAGGAGGCGAGGGCAGCAGCCAAGACAGCGCGAGGCGAGCACUGGGCGAUUCAGAUCUCCAACAUCGCCAAUAUUGUCCUGUUCAUCGCCAAGGUGGUGGCGUCCAUAUCAUCAGGCAGUCUGUCGAUCAUUGCGUCUACACUUGACUCGCUGCUGGACCUGCUGUCGGGCUUCAUCCUCUGGUACACCGCGCGCUCCAUGCGAAGGCACAACCCCUACAAGUACCCCAUCGGCAAGGCCCGCAUGCAGCCCCUGGGCAUCAUAGUGUUUGCAUCCAUCAUGGCUACUCUCGGAUUCCAAAUUCUGCUGGAGGGCGUCAGGCGACUCACCGACUCGUCUGCCCCAGCAGGCCUGGGCGACAAAUGGCAGGUGUAUGUAGCGAUCAUGCUGUUCGCCAUUGUGGUCAAGACCGCCCUUUACUUCUACUGCCGCAUCUUCACAGGCAACGACAUCGUCCUCGCAUACGCCCAGGACCAUUUCUUUGACGUGGUGACAAACGUCAUGGGGCUGGGGGCUGCGAUUCUUGCAGGAAUCCUUGCCUGGUGGAUCGACCCUGUCGGCGCCAUUCUGCUCGCCCUAUACACGAUGGUCAACUGGGGGCGCACAGUCCUGGAAAACGUCAACUCUCUGACAGGGAGGUCAGCGCCGCCCGAGUUCCUGCAGAAGAUAACGUACCUGUGCUGGAACCACCACGAGGCCAUCCUGGCGAUCGACACCGUGCGCGCCUACACCUUUGGCACGCUUUAUUUUACCGAGGUGGAUGUGGUGCUGCCGCGGGACAUGCCGCUUGAGGAGACGCAUGACAUAGGAGAGUCGCUGCAGAACAAGCUUGAGCGGCCAAACGCUGGAGCCGCUCGCGAUCUUGAUCAGGUGGAAAAAGGAUGGGGAACGGGAAGAAAAGGAGGAGGCUAUGUACAACUAACACGGCUAGACACUGGAGAGAGGCUUUCAGCAGGGACGUCAGGAACAGCAUCGCAACCAGCUGCUUCUGGUGGUCUGGGAAGCCCAGGGUUACCUCCUGUGUGGGUAGACGUGUCUGACAAAAUAAAGGACGAUAUGCAAAAGAUUAGAGGGAAGAUGGGUGAGCUAGCGAAGGUCCAGGCACGCGCGUUGCUACCGUCGUUUGAUACGGACGAUGCGCGGGGGAAGAAGAACGAGCAUGAGAGAACCAUGGAGGUUCUCACGGCGGAAAUCACGCGAGCGCUGAAGACGUGCGAGCAACGGCUGCAGCAGCUUUCGCGAAAAGACGCGACGUCAGCGGGGAAUGCUGCCAUUGCGCGCAACGUUCAGAGAUGCAUGGCCACGGAUUUGCAACAACUCUCCAUGGAUUUUCGCAAACAGACAAAGCAGUAUCUACGGCGGUUACAACAGCAGCAGCAGCCUCAAGAAAAGGCUGUUCUGGGUCGUGCUGCCGCUGGUGGGUCAACAGGCAGGCUACACGAAGCAUCGUCCAGUGCAACGCAAGCUGAUGAGGAUGACUACUUUGACCCGGAGUUUGAGGAGCGGCAGCUGCUGCGAGUGAGGCAGAUGGAGAACGUGACAGCAGAGAGGGAGAAAGAGAUUCAAGAGAUUGUGCAAUCGGUGCAUGACCUCGCCCAGAUAAUGAAGGACAUUUCAGUCCUCGUCAUCGAUCAGGGAACAAUUGUUGAUCGAAUCGACUACAACAUUCAGAACAUCAGUGCAAACGUCGAUAAGGGUGUCGAGGAACUGAAAAAGGCUGAGAAGUCCCAGAAGCAAUCAGCUCUUAUUUUCUGCAUACUAGUCCUCGUGGUGGCGGUAUUGGCGCUCUUUGUCAUUCUCAUCCUCAAGAAGCUCAUAUUCUGA